AUGCUCUUGCCCUAUAGCAGGCAUCUGGGGCAGCCGAAGGAGGGGGCAGCGGUGGUGGAAGUUGGUGGGGCUGAGUUUCAGUUUGGGCCAAUCCCUCUUCAUCCGUCCACACAGGUGAAUCCCUUCCGGGACCGGAUCUGCAAGGUCUUCUCCACCGACGGCUACUUCACCUUUGAGGACAUCCUUGGGAUGGCGUCUGUCUUCAGCGACCGGGCAUGCCAGAGCAUUAAGAUGGAGUAUGCUUUUCUGAUAUACGAUUUCAACGACGAUGGCUUUGUUGACGAGGAAGACCUCCAGAAUGUCAUCCGCAGAUCGAUCAACAGGAACAACCUCAGCGAGGAAGAGAUCGCGUCUCUGGCCAACCACGUCCUGGAGGAGGCCGACUUGGAUAAUGACAAGAUGCUCUCCCUGGUGGAGUUUGAACAUGCCAUGACCAAGUCUCCAGACUUCCUACACUCUUUUAGGCUCUACUUCUGAGGAAGGGGCGGCAAGAUGGCGGCACACGAUAUCCAGACGUCACACAAGCCAAGACGCAUAAAAGCAACUCUUCCAGAGGGACGCUUCCAUCACAGAUAUUUUUGUAGGGAAGGAACCCAGGCAGCAUACCUGCCUGUAUAUUUUGCAGGAGAAUAAAAUUAGACUGUUGAGGAAA